UUUGAAACAUAUCUAACCAUAUCUACCUUAUCCAACUUGCGUUGAAACGGUUCGAGCAACGUGGACGUGAAUUAAAAAAAAAAAGAAAAAAUCAAUGUUCCUUUAUGUGUAAAUUUAGUAUUACAAGAAAAAAAGGAUGGUUUCGAAGACUGAACAAAUAUCUGCAUUUGCUGCAUAUGCAAUGAAACGUAAAAAUGCAGAUCCAUCGUUGCAGUCACAAAAAUUACAAAAGAAGACACACUCAAAUGUGAAAGAAAAAAAUUUGGUUCGAAUUGCCAAUAAACGAAAAGAAAUAUUAUCAUUGUCUGGCCAUGAGACUAUUAACAAAAAUCAUAAAAAAUCUUCUUCAUCGAAAACUCAUAGUCCUACAAUUAAAAAGAAUAUUAAUACCAAUGAAUCGAAUAAUUUGAUAAUAUCAAAAUAUAAAAAGUCUAAGUGUAAUAAAAAUAAGAAAAAGAAGAAGAAAAAGUUAUUAUCAGCCAAUGAUUUCUUUAGCAAUGACACGACGAUGAUCAACUUGGAAAAUUCUUCUUCUGUAUCGGACAGUAUUAAUUUACAAAUGAAUCAAUUGAGAGAGGAAGGAUCGAAGAUAAAUAGAAAGGAAAAGAAAGUGAAGAGAAAGAAAAAAUUGCCACCUACAAAAAAUAAUAGCAGUAUUAAUUAUGAUGUGGUACAUGAUAAUUUUUUAAAAGAUCCCGUAAUAAAAAGUAAAUUGUUGUUUGAAUGGUUGAUACACCCUUUAAAGAUUGAUAAAUUUUUUGAGUCGAACUGGGAAAAAACUCCUGUGCAUAUAAAGAGAAAUAAUUGUAAUUAUUACAAGGUUCUGAUGUCAACACCAAUACUUGAUAAAAUAUUAAGAGAACAUUAUAUAUUAUUUACAAAGAAUAUCGAUAUUACAUCAUACUUUAAUGGUACAAGAGAAACUCAUAAUCCUUCUGGUCGUGCUGUUCCUACUGUUGUUUGGGAUUAUUAUUUAAAUGGUUGUUCGGUGAGAAUGUUAAAUCCUCAAACCUUUUUACCUAGGCUCCAUACAUUAAAUGCGACUCUUCAAGAAUAUUUUGGAUGUUUUGUUGGUGCAAAUUCUUAUUUGACACCACCUGAUAGCCAAGGAUUUGCGCCGCACUAUGAUGACAUAGAAGCUUUCAUAUUGCAAAUUGAAGGAAAGAAAAGAUGGAGGCUAUAUAAAUCAUCAAAAAUAAGCGACUAUUUGCCGAGAUAUUCGUCGAAAGAUUUUGAUCAGUCAGAAUUAGGAAAGCCUAUUUUAGAUACGGUAGUAGAAGCGGGAGAUCUUUUGUAUCUUCCACGUGGAACGAUACAUCAAGGAGAAACGAUUGAUAACAGUCAUAGUUUGCACGUUACUUUGAGUGUUUAUCAAAAAAAUAGUUGGGGUGAUUUCUUAGAAAAAUUGCUUCCAGAUGCACUGGAAAAAGCAAUUGCGAAUGAUAGUCAUUUUCGUGAAGGAUUGCCUCUUGAUUAUUUAAAAUAUCUUGGUUUUGUACAUUCUAAAAAUAAAUCUAAUUAUAGAAAGUCCUUCAGAGAAAAUAUCAAAUAUUUACUUAAUCGUAUUGUAGAACAUAUCGAUAUAGACAAAGCAGCUGACGAAAUGGCAAAAAAUCAUAUUCAUGAUUUCUUGCCACCUGUCCUUGUAGAUUAUGAACGACAAUGUUCUAUAGCCCAAGAUGGAGAAAGAAUGACAAAGGAAGGAAUCGUAGAAAAUCGAGUGGAAAUUGAGCCUGAUACGAAAAUACGAUUAUUAAGAUCUCAUUGUAUAAGAUUGGUACAAGAGUCAGACACAUACAGGAUAUAUUAUUCUUGUGAAAAUUCCAAGGAAUAUCACGAAUACGAACCACAAUUUUUAGAAGUUGGAGAAGAAUUUGUGCCCGCUAUAAAAGAAAUAAUAUAUCGUUUUCCCAAAUUUAUAAGAGUUGAAGAAUUACCAAUUACUGGGGAAGAUAAUAAAAUUCAAAUAGUAAGAGAUCUUUGGGAGAAAGGUAUUUUAAUAACGAAAGAUCCCUUAUACAUAUUGGAAUGAGCAUACAGAUAAUAAGUAAAUCAUUUUAUGUCGAGAA